AUGUUUGGAAGUAUGACAGUUGAUUCAUAUUUUAUAUGCCAACUAUUUCGUGGUAUAGAAAACUUGGCUGUGCCGCAGGAACACGCAUUGGCGCAGGUAAAUGAUCAACGUUUUAUACUGGCUACGUCGAGCGCUACGACACAUGGAGGCAUGGAUAAGGUUAAAAGACAGGUACAGAAAAAUUCUACCAUCAUAGAAGCUGGCAACAUGGGUUUUCUCGUUACUUGGCAUCUGAGAUUAAAGCGUUCGAAGAUCCGAGUCAUAUUGGGCGAUCACGACCAAUUUUCGACGACGGAAACGCAGGCCAUAAUGAGAGCUGUCUCAGCAAUUAUCAGACACAGAAAUUUCGAUGCCAAUUCGUAUAAUCAUGACAUAGCUUUAUUGAGACUGCGAAAACCUGUCACAUUUGAAACAGUAUAUCAAAUUUUAUUUUCAAGCUCUAAUGAGAAGGAUGAAUUUGAUAGAUUUUUACAAGUUUGUCAAUAUCAGGUUCCAUUUGACUCAAAAACAGUCAAUGGUCUGACUGCAGCAAUUCAGCGCGGCUAUGAUGGACGCACCGCGGAAGAGACUUGGUCUUUUCCUGCUGCACUAAUGUUCUGCUUGUCAAUCUUCACCAUGAUCGGAUACGGUAAUAUGCUGCCCCGUACCCCAUGGGGUAAAGGAAUCACUGUCAUGUACGCCGGCCUUGGAAUUCCUCUCUACAUAUUAUACUUUCUGAAUAUGGGAAAGGUACUUGCACAGACGUUCCGUUGGCUAUAUACCUGGCUUCAUGAGUGCAGCGUGGAACAUGACUCAGAAGCGAGUAUGGAGGAAGGCGACGAUUUACCAGCCAGGAAGAUUAUUGUGCCAUCUACUGCCUGUUUAUGGGUGAUCAGCUUCUACGUUUUGACAGGAACAGUCAUGUUCGCAGAGUGGGAAAACUGGAACUACUUGGAUUCUACGUACUUCUGCGUGACGAGUCUAUGCAAGAUAGGUAUUGGUGAUUUCGUGCCCGGUGCUAAUAUAAUGGAAUCCCGAGAUGGCAGCCAAACAAAACUUGUAAUCAAUUUUAUUUAUUUACUGCUUGGGAUGGGUUUGGUGGCGAUGUGCUACAAUUUGAUGAGGGAAGAAGUACGAGUGAAGAUGCGUGAGUUGCGUGAAGAUAUGCGCCAGUGUUUAGAAGAUAUACGGCUAAAGUUUGUUAGAUGCUGCUAAUAUUUUUUCAAUGUUGGAUAUUAAUAGUUAUUAAGUA